UGACUUCUUUCGUACAGCCAUGUUUUAUAAAGUGGGUGGAUAGAUUUGGGCACGAUUAAAUAUGGAUCCCCGUCAUAGUGCCCAGGAUGUGCACCGAUGUGACCUUUGUGAUACAAAGAUAGUGCACAGCUACUGUGACUUUUGUCAUGUAAACUUGUGCAUACUAUGUAUAGGAAAACACAUCUCAGAUGGAUAUGACAAACAUAGAAUUGUCCCUUUUCAAGAACGAAGAUCAACUCUAAUUUAUCCAAAAUGUGAAAUACAUCAACAGAAAAAUUGUAAAUUUCAGUGCAAAGAUUGCAAUACCAUUUUUGUUUGUUCUUUUUGUACUGCAUCUGAACAACACAGGGGACAUAUUUUCGUAGAUAUAUCAUCUGUGUACAAGGCACAGAAGGAAAAUAUAGAAAAAGAUACAGAAGAGUUAGUAAACCUCAUUUCUCCUACCUAUGAAGAAAUUGCACGCGACUUGGAAAAUCAACUUGCCAACCUGGAUGGAGGAUAUGAGAAACUUACAACAACGAUGUCCAAACAAGGAGAACAAUGGCACAAAGAAAUCGACAUCGUUAUCAACAAAAUGAAAACUGAAAUAAGCAAAAUUAAAGUGAAACACAGAGAUAUUCUACAGACACAUUUAGGUGAAAUCAAACAAAUACAGUCUCUCAUAAAGCAAACACUAAUGGCCAUAAAAGAAAUUGAGAAAUCCACCGAAGUAUCUCCUGCCAUUAAUUACAACUCUAAGAUCAGAGAGUUCAGCAAGCUUCCACACAAGAUUGAGGUAUCACUGCCAAGAUUCAUUCCAAAACCGAUAGAUCGUGAGAAGCUGUAUAGUUUGUUUGGACAGAUCAUGCCAUUAUCUACUGCCACAGAAAAAAAUAACUUGUUAUUGAACCAUCCAACCACUUCAGUCAGAGAACUACUGGAUGAACCACAGCUUGUUACCACAAUACAGACCGGGCAUGAAAAACUACGCAAUGUGACCUGUCUAAAUGAUGGUAGCAUAUGGACGAGUGGAGAGACCAAUGAUAUUAAAUGCUUCAACACUGAAGGUUUAGUCCUUCAGACAAUCAAGAAAAAAUCUGGUAUAUUUCCCAAUGAUAUAGCUGUAGACAGUGAUGGGGAUCUACUGUAUAUCAGUGCAAUAACAAGGACAGUGUUUAAAGUAAAGAGUGGACAAACAGAAGUGUUAAUCAGAUUACAGGGAUGGAAGCCUGGUAAACUGUGUGUCACCUCUACUGGUGAUAUCCUGGUUACCAUGUUCAGUAAAGAUGGAACUCAAUCCAAAGUUAUCCGCUACUCUGGAUCCACCGAGAAAAGGGUAAUUCAAUUUGAUGAUGAAGGUAAACCUCUGUACUCAGGUAAUAAUAAUACUAAAUACAUCACAGAGAACAGAAACCAUGACAUUUGUGUAGCUGACUGGGCGGCUGGUACAGUGGUUGUGGUUAACCAGGGCGGGAAACUCAGAUGGAGGUACACCGGUUAUCCCUCAUUUACCAAGAACAGAUCAUUUAAACCCUUUGGUAUCACAACAGACAGUCAAAGUCGUAUCCUGACAGCAGACAGUGACAACCAUUGUAUCCACAUUCUGGAUAAGAAGGGACAAUUUCUCCGUUACAUUGAUGACUGUGAUCUGAAGGAUCCUUUGGGUGUAUGUGUGGACAAUAAUGACAAUCUGUUUGUGUGCGAAUUCUACAAAGGCAAUGUAAAGAAAAUCAAAUAUUCGAAAUAGAUACUGUAAUUUGUGAUUGAUGCCAACAGACAUGAUUGCUAUAUUCUAAUUUUUUCACUGAAUUAUUCAAUGAGAUACAAUACGAAUUUCAUCAUACUUACAUGUAGUUAUGUUCAUUCAUGUUUUAUCAAUAAAAUGUGGUUGUAAAUAGUGUGCAUGUGGUUUUAUUUUAGAUGCAAUUUGCCAAUGUCUUAGAUUGUUUUGAACUAACUAAAGGUGUGUUUCAAGGAUGCAUUGUGUACCAAUGGAUUUAGAAUUCAUAUAAUGUGCAAUACCGGUAACUACCUUAUACAUUGUGAAUUGUGUGCAAUAUUCUAUCAAACAGUAUCCCCCACGCUUUUUUUUUUUAUUUUUUGGAAAAGCGGGUAAAUACUGUUGUAGAAAUACAAAAUUAACAAUGUUCAUGUAGAAAGAAUGAACCACAAGGUGACAGUGUGAACUUAUAUAUAUUGUGGUUUUUUACGCCCGUUGUUACAUGCGUUUUUGUGACUUCAAAUACGUGUAUGUAUGAAGUAUAAGAAUAAUUACAACAUUGAUUCAAAUGAAGUAAAAUGACUUUUAAAUAGUUUUGUAAACUUUUUAAUUAAUAACUUCAUCAAAACGGAUU